AGUCCCGGGCCCAGCGCCAGCGCAUGCGCCCGCCUGUGGGCGCUGUCCCGGCUGCGAGGGCCGUGAGCUCACGGACCGACGGACCGACGGGGGGCCGGCCGGACAGACGGGGCAGCGCAGGGAGCGGGGAAGCGGCGGGACAGCGACAUGGCCGGCCACACGCAGCAGCCGAGCGGGCGCGGGAACCCCAGGCCUGCGCCCUCGCCCUCCCCAGUCCCAGGCCCCGUCCCCGGCGCCUCGGAGCGGGUGGCGCUCAAGAAGGAGAUCGGGCUGCUGAGCGCCUGCACCAUCAUCAUCGGGAACAUCAUCGGCUCGGGCAUCUUCAUCUCACCCAAGGGGGUCCUGGAGCACUCGGGCUCCGUGGGUCUGGCCCUGUUCGUCUGGGUCCUGGGUGGGGGUGUGACGGCUCUGGGCUCCCUCUGCUAUGCAGAGCUGGGAGUCGCCAUCCCCAAGUCUGGCGGGGACUACGCCUACGUCACAGAGAUCUUCGGGGGCCUGGCUGGCUUUCUGCUGCUCUGGAGCGCCGUGCUCAUCAUGUACCCCACCAGCCUUGCUGUCAUCUCCAUGACCUUCUCCAACUACGUGCUGCAGCCCGUGUUCCCCAACUGCAUCCCCCCCGCCGCAGCCUCCCGGGUGCUGUCCAUGGCCUGCCUGAUGCUCCUGACAUGGGUGAACAGCUCCAGCGUGCGCUGGGCCACGCGCAUCCAGGACAUGUUCACAGGCGGGAAGCUGCUGGCCUUGUCCCUCAUCAUCGGCGUGGGCCUUCUCCAGAUCUUCCAAGGACACUUCGAGGAGCUGAGGCCCAGCAAUGCCUUUGCUUUCUGGAUGAUGCCCUCCGUGGGACACCUGGCCCUGGCCUUCCUCCAGGGCUCCUUCGCCUUCAGUGGCUGGAACUUCCUCAACUAUGUCACCGAGGAGAUGGUUGACGCCCGAAAGAACCUACCUCGCGCCAUCUUCAUCUCCAUCCCACUGGUGACCUUUGUGUACACCUUCACCAACAUUGCCUACUUCACGGCCAUGUCCCCCCAGGAGCUGCUCUCCUCCAAUGCGGUGGCUGUGACCUUCGGGGAGAAGCUGCUGGGCUACUUUUCUUGGGUCAUGCCCGUCUCCGUGGCUCUGUCAACCUUCGGAGGGAUCAAUGGCUACCUGUUCACCUACUCCAGGCUGUGCUUCUCUGGAGCCCGCGAGGGGCACCUGCCCAGCCUGCUGGCCAUGAUCCACGUCAGACACUGCACCCCCAUCCCCGCCCUCCUCGUCUGUUGCGGGGCCACAGCCAUCAUCAUGCUCGUGGGCGACACGUACACACUCAUCAACUACGUGUCCUUCAUCAACUACCUCUGCUAUGGCGUCACCAUCCUGGGCCUGCUGCUGCUGCGCUGGAGGCGGCCUGCGCUCCACAGGCCCAUCAAGGUGAACCUUCUCAUCCCCGUGGCAUACUUGGUCUUCUGGGCCUUCCUGCUGGUCUUCAGCUUCAUCUCAGAGCCUAUGGUCUGUGGGGUCGGCGUCAUCAUCAUCCUUACGGGGGUGCCCAUUUUCUUUCUGGGAGUGUUCUGGAGAAGCAAACCAAAGUGUGUGCACAGACUCACAGAGUCCAUGACACGCUGGGGCCAGGAGCUGUGUUUCGUGGUCUACCCCCAGGACGCCCCCGAAGAGGAGAAUGGCCCCUGCCCACCCUCCCUGCUGCCUGCCACAGACAAACCCUCGAAGCCACAAUGAGAUGUUUGUAGAGACUGAAGCAGCUGUUUCUGUUUACAUGUUGUUUAUUGAGGAGGUGUUUUGGCAAAAAAGUUUUGUCUUUUUUUCUUUCUGGGAAAAAAAAAAAAAGAUACGACUCUUAGAAGCCUGUUUUAAGGAAGCCCUAAAAUGUGGACUGGGUUUCCUGUCUUAGCACUGCCCUGCUAGCUUUUCCUGAAAAGGCCUAUAAAUAAACAGGGCUGGCUGUUC